AUGAGCUCUCGCCAACUGCUGCUCCUCGUGCCCCUCGGGUGCUUGCUGUUGUUCAGCAACGGUGCACCUCGUGCAACCUCUCUCGACUUCAGCUUCAACUUCUCCAGCUCCGGCGACCUCUGCGGCACGGAGCUCCAGUGCGAGCGCGACGCCGGCAUGGGCUCCGGCGUGCUCGACAUAACCAGGGCCGAGAACGGGGCCGUCUACAACACCGGAAGGGCGUCCUACUCCCGCCCUUUGCCGCUCUGGGACAACGCCACCGGCGAGCUGGCCAGCUUCACCUCCAACUUCACCUUCCAGUUAAGGCUCAUCAACGAGACUAUCUACCCCAACUGCAAGACCGGUGAUGGCAUGGCCUUCUUCCUGGCGCACUACCCGUCCAGGCUCCCUACGGGGAGCUACGGCUCCAACCUCGGGCUGUUCAACGACACCAGCUACCGAGCCGCCGCCGGCGAGAACCGCGUCGUCGCCGUGGAGUUCGACACGUUCUACAAUGAGAACUGGGACCCGAGCGCCUACCAUGUGGGCAUCGACGUGAACUCCAUCAUAUCCACGGCGUACACCAACGUGUCCAACAACCUCGCCUCCAACCAAUCCGUCGUCGCCGCCGAGGUCAGCUACAACAACCUCACCGGCGUCUUAUCUGCCCGUGUCGGGAUCAGCAACGGCGAGAGGUACAAGGUCAGCACGCCGGUGGACAUGAGGGCAAGCUUGCCGGAGCAGGUCUCCGUCGGCUUCUCCGCGGGCUCUGGCUGGUGCGUCGAACUGAACCAGGUGCAUUCUUGGUCGUUUAGCUCCACUCUGAGAUCCAGGGACGAUCCAGCAAUGGCGCCUGCACCGGCAGCUAAGCCUAAUGCAACUCUUUUCACAAGUAUCAACUCCAAAUCUCCCAACAAGGACAAAAUUCUAGUGUCCGUGCUAACCCCCCUUGUCAUUCUCGUGGCGAUUGCUGCCGCCGGCUUCCUUUUCUUGAAGCGACGGAUGACGAGAUCAUCGGCACGAACUGACGCCGUGGACGACAGCGAUUCCGACGACCAACUGGAGAGAGCAGAGCUCGAGAGAGGGGUGGCCGCCGGCGGUCCGAGGCGAUACACGUAUCGGCAGCUGGCCGUCGCCACGAGUAAUUUCUCGGAGGAGGAGAAGCUUGGCCGCGGAGGGUUCGGAAGCGUAUACAGAGGCGACCUCGCCGUCGCCAACCAGCCGCCAGACCGCCGCGCGGUGGCGAUCAAGAUGUUCUCGACGGAGUCGUCGUCGGCGCAAGGGAGGAAGGAGUUCGAGGCGGAGGUGACCAUCAUCAGCCGGCUCAAGCACCGGAACCUCGUGCAGCUCAUCGGCUGGUGCGACAGCCGCAAGGGGCUCCUGCUUGUGUAUGAGCUAGUCACAGAGGGCAGCCUUGACAAGCACCUCUACAGCAGAGACAGAUUACUGACAUGGCCAGAAAGGUACCGUGUCAUUCUUGGGUUGGGCUCCGCGUUGCGCUACCUGCACGGGGAGUGGGAGCAGUGCGUCGUGCACGGCGACAUCAAGCCGAGCAACAUCAUGCUGGACGCGUCGCUCAGCACCAAGCUCGGCGACUUCGGUCUAGCCAGGCUCGUCGACCACGGCGCGCGGUGGACGACAACGCACGCCGUGCUCGGGACGGCCGGCUACAUCGACCCGGAGUUCGUCAACACGCGCCGCCCGAGCACCGAUUCCGACGUCUACAGCUUCGGCAUCGUCCUGCUGGAGAUCGCCUCCGGCCGGCGGCCGGUGACGGACACGCCCGACGGGUUCUUCAUGCUGCUGAAAUGGGUGUGGAACCUCUACGGCCGGAGCAGCGUGCUCGACGCCGUCGACCCACGGCUGAGGCGCGACGGCGACGAGGAGGACGAGCUGUGGCAGAUGGAGCGUGUGCUGGUCGUUGGGCUCUGGUGCGCGCACCCUGACCGGAGCGAGCGGCCGUCCGUCGCGCAGGCCAUGCACGUUCUGCAGUCCGACGACCUGACUCAGCUGCCGGCGCUGCCGCGGCGGAUGUACAGUAAGAUGUCGGAGCUCGCAGUCGUUGGACGUGCACGUCAGUACGGGUCUCAGUCGGUGAACGACUCAGGUAGCGGCGCUUCACGUUCGGAGACCACCGACGAGACGACACAUUCUUCAGGCUAGCCGGCCACAUCACUUCGUCGUUUCUUGAAAUUAAAAUGGACCGCCUAUUGAUCAGUCUACUGAUUGUCUCUUCUGCAAUUCCCAAUCCGGCUGUCAACCAUACAACCGUCCGAUCAAAACAAAGGUUAUCUGCAAGUAGAUGAAAACACCCGAAAUUUAUGUUAUUUUGCCCUUUUUUAGAUGUAAUUACGAAAAUAAUUUGGCUACAAAACUUAGU